AUGGGAUCAAUGCCAGUACUGACCAAGUACGACGUCCUCAUCAUCGGCGCUGGCCUCUCAGGCAUCUGCGCUUUACAUCACAUUCGACAACGAUUUUCCACCUGGCGAGUCAGCAUUCUUGAGGCAGGCACAGGCGUUGGCGGCACUUGGUUCUGGAACAGAUAUCCAGGCGCAAGAUUCGAUUCAGAAUCGAUAUCCUAUUGCUUUUCCUGGGAUAAGGAAUUGCUAGAGGAAUGGCAUUGGAAAGAAGCAUUCUCACCACAGCCGGAGACACUACGAUACAUUGAGAGGGUUUGCGAGAAACAUCAACUUUACGAUCACAUCCAGUUCAAUACUCGCAUAAAGUCUGCAAGAUGGCAGGACGCAACACGAACUUGGCUCUUUACAGAUGAAGCAGGUGCUGAAUACGAAACCAAAUUCUUCGUAAGCUGUCUAGGCUUCCUAUCAUCGCCAACACUUCCAGAUAUUCCUGGGAUCGAGACUUUUGCUGGGCAGGCCUUCCAUACCUCAAGAUGGCCAGCAGACUUCGACAUGUCUCGCGACCUAGCAGGCAAGCGGAUCGGCGUCAUUGGCACAGGUGCAACAGGCAUUCAAACCAUCACCGAGGUUGCAAAAGAGCCAAGCAUCAAAUCACUCACUGUAUUUCAGAGGACAGCAAACUGGUCUGCACCGUUACGCAACUGGACGAUCUCAGAAGACGAAAUGGUACAGCACAGACAGAACUACGUCACGACAUUUCAAAGAUGCAAUCAGACUCCAAUGUGCUUCCUUCACCAGGCAGAUCCUCGCAAAUCAUCGCAGGUCACCGACGAGGAGCGACUCGAGUUGUGGGAAAGAAUGUAUUCGCAACCUGGAUUUGGAAAGUGGCUGGGUGUCUUCUCUGAUACGUACACUGAUCGUGCAGCAAACAAGCUGUAUUCAGACUUCAUGGCGGAGAAGAUCAGAAGUAGGGUCAAGGAUCCUCAAGUCGCCAACAAGUUGAUACCCAAGAACCACGGCUUCGGCACCAGACGAGUACCUCUUGAAAGUGGAUAUUUUGAGGCUUUCAAUCGAGGCAAUGUCUGCCUCGUUGAUCUGCAGGAAACACCAAUCGCACAGAUCACACCUCAUGGCAUCAGUCUUACCGAAGGCACAGUUCACGAUCUUGAUGUCCUCGUGUACGCUACUGGUUUCGAUGCAAUCACUGGCGCCUUCGCAGCAAUCGACUGGCAAGCAAAAUCCGCCUGUCCACUUCUGGGAAACAGCCAGACCAACACAAACGCAGUCUGGGUAGAUUUCAAUCCACGCACCUUCCUCGGCAUCCUUGUCCCUUCCAUGCCAAACACAUUCAUGGUUCUGGGCCCCCACCAGCCCUUUGGCAAUGCAACACGAAGUAUCGAACACGCUGUCGAGGUCAUUUGCGAAAUGCUGCAAUAUUGCAAGGACAAUGAUUUCACCUACGUCGAGCCAAGUGAGAAGGCUGCGGAUCAGUGGACGGAGCAUGUUGUUGAGUGUAGUAAGGGUGCACUGUCGAAUGAGGUGGAUAGCUGGAUGACAGGUGUGAAUAAGAAUGUGGCGGGCAAGACGAUCGCCGUCACCGGCGCUGCAUCUGGCAUGGGCUUGGAGACAGCAAUGCUGCUCGCAUCACGAGGCGCUAUCAUGUCUCUCGCAGACCUCAACGCAUCAGCAGUUGAAGCAGCUGCCAAGUCAUUACCUAACAGUGACAAUCAUAUUUUCACCGUCGUCGACGUACGAAAGAGUGCUGAUGUUGACCACUGGAUCAAAACAACAGUAGAACGGCUAGGCAAGCUCGAUGGUGCAGUGAACAUGGCUGGUGUAAUUACUCCAGCAACUCCAAUCGCCGAUAUGACGGACGAAGCUUGGGCCUUUACCUUUGACGUCAACGCUCGAGGAGUUUUCGCUUGCUUGCGAGCUCAAGUGAGGGCCAUGACAGCUGGCGGCAGUAUCGUGUCCGCUGCUAGCACGUUUGGCCAAUUCGGCGCUCCUGGAAAUGCAGCCUACUGCGCGAGUAAAGCGGCAGUAAUAGGAUUGACGAGGACUGCUGCGAAGGAGAAUAGUCAUAUCAGGAUAAAUUGUGUUGCUCCUGGAUCUGUCAACACUCCAAUGUCACGGGGUGAAGACCCCGAAGAUGUGAAGCGUGGUUUGCAAGUGACUGUGCAGAAGAGGAGAGCUGAACCAAUCGAGAUUGCGAGGGUCAUUGCUUUUCUGCUCAGUGAGGAAGCGUCAUUUGUGACAGGAGCUGUGUACAACGUUGAUGGUGGUUGGGUGUGCUAA